AUGGAACAACCGGGGUGCUUCACGCGAGAAACCCCGAGCAACGCUACCGGCACAGAACACGACGCAGCCGAUGGCGAAGGGCGAAGCAGCUGGGGUGAGCUCGGCUUCAACUGGAGCGACAGGCGGCGCCAGAGAUCGUGCAACACGCAACUGGCGCUUGCCGAGCAUCAGCCAGUUCGGGUUCUUCAGCGGCUUCAACUGGAGCGACAGGCGGCGCCAGGAGAUCGUGCAACACGCAACUGGCGCUUGCCGAGCGUCAGCGGAUUCGGGCUCUUCAGCGGGGAGUUGCGGCUGGCCGCCACCAACACCGGCGAGGUAGGCGGCGCCAGGAGAUCGUGCAACACGCAACUGGCGCUUGCCGAGCAUCAGCCAGUUCGGGAUCUUCAGCGGCUUCAACUGGAGCGACAGGCGGCGCCAGGAGAUCGCGCAACACGCAACUGGCGCUUGCCGACCAUCAGCGAGUUCGGCCUCUUAAGCGGGGAGUUGCGGCUGGCCGCCACCAACACCGGCGAGGUAGGCGGCGCCAGGAGAUCGUGCAACACGCAACUGGCGCUUGCCGAGCCUCAGCUAGUUCAGGCUCUUCAGCGGCUUCAAGUGGAGCGACAGGCGGCGCCAGGAGAUCGUGCAACACGCACCUGGCGCUUGCCGACCAUCAGCGAGUUCGGGCUCUUCAGCGGGGAGUUGCGGCUGGCCGCCACCAACACCGGAGAGGUAGGACGUGACGGCGAUGCCCUGGCUCUGCGUUCCGAUGUGGCCGAGCAGUGA